AUGGAGGGGUUCCGCCGGGGCGACGGCUCCGGCGACCGGCUGUGCAGCGCCGCCGCCCGUGGGGACCGGGAGGAGGUGCGAAAGCUCCUGGACGCGGGCGCGGAUCCCAACGGGACCAACUGCUUUGGGAGGACGCCGCUCCAGGUGAUGAUGCUGGGCAGCCCGCGGGUGGCCGAGCUGCUGCUGCAGCGCGGAGCCGACCCCAACCGCCCCGACCCGCGCACCGGCUGCCUCCCGGCGCACGACGCCGCCCGCGCCGGCUUCCUGGAGACGCUGGCGGCGCUGCACCGCGCCGGGGCGCGCCUCGACCUGCCCGACGGCCGCGGCCGCCUCCCUCUCGACGUGGCGGCGGGGGGUCCCCACGGCCCCGUGGGGCGCUUCCUGCGCCACCCGCCGACCCUCCCCGCCGCCGCACCGGGAGCCGGGACGGCCGCGGAGGGGGCUGCAGGCUGACAUCCCCCCCUCUCCGCUGACCGCCGCCCUUCGCCGCACGCCCGAAGCCCCGGCGGAGGCCGCCCCCCGCCCCGCCGGGACCCGCCCCCCUCCUCUCCUGCGCUCAUCUCCGCGGCUGGCACCGGGCGGCCCCCCCGCCGUCGAGCGCUCACGGCUGGGGUUGUUCCCGGGAGCCCGGCGGCUGGGAAGGGUCUUCCUCUCCCCCCCCAGCCCCAGACACCUCGGACGCUCCCUGUCCUGCUUCUGCGAGGCGACGCACGCUGCUGAAUUUUCUAAGAAAAAGCGGAAAGAACCAACUCACGACCGCGGGGAGGGCUUCUAGUCCCGCUCCCACGGCCGGGUCCCCGGUGGGCGGAGGACAAGCAGCAAACAACUCUCCGGUGCUCCGGGGGGAGGAGAAAAAAAAAACCAAUCCAAAACCCAUUCAAACCUCCCCCCGUCUAUUUUUUUGUCACACUGAUGCCGUUUACAGAAGUGAGAACACUCCUUUUCCCUGAGCGGCUUGCUCGCUGCCCUGCAAGCCACUGCCUUGAUCUCCAUCAGACAGGUGUCUUAUUCACGAUGGUGCCGAUUUCAUUCAUUGUCGCGCAGUUCUGGAGAGCUUUGCAUUUUAGUGACACCUUGACAUUCUUUUCUACAGCACUCCGAGAUAAUGACCACCUUAGCCAUCCCGUUUACAAAUGUAAUCCGUCUUCAAAUCUUCUCCCCUCAUCACUCAGCUCAAUUUAGAAAGUCUCAAAAUAUUUGACACUGAUCGAGAGUACAAUUUGGGAACAACUACAGAUAUUUUGUAUAGAUGUAUUCAGAGAAGGCUAUUCAUGUGAGAAACCAAUUGGUAACCGUUCAGCUACUGCGUAGUUUUGACGUUUGGAGAUACCCCGUUUAUUCAGGAGAUCUGGGCACCGAGCUCAGUAUUUUAAAGACAGCUUUCCUGGUUUCUAAACAGGCUUUCGGACACACACAGGAAAAAAAAAGAACCGAUCUUGGUUAUAAAUCUCAAUCUCUUCACGUGCAUUGCCUCUGUUUUUCCAACGCGAUUUCCAUCGUCUACCCAAUGUUCAUACAUCUUAUGCGAGACGAAAUACCUGUUAUUCAACAGCAAAAUACCAAAAGGGUUGGCUUAAAAAAACCCCAGUCCUUGUGUUCAGCUAUUAAACGGUUCUGU